ACCAGGCCUAGCCUUGAACAAUAUCUCAGCGGACAGCUGAACAAUAGAACUGCAACCCGAUAGGACAGCAUUCCUGUGUUACCGAGUUAUUAAGAACUUAAUCUGGUUGGCCUAUUCAGAGCAUACAGCAGCAAAUGGUUUGAUCAUGGAUGUGGAUUCAACACAAGUAGAAUCGACAGACGCACAGACGUUUGAGACAUGGUGCUGUGACGCCAACCUUUCCAAGAAUACCAUCUCUGUACUCAAGAAAGAAGAGUUAGACGACCUUGGAGUUCUGAAGUUACUGCCUGCUUCAGAAAUCAACGAUCUGGGCAUCCCUAAGGGCCAGGCACUGCUACUUAGGACAGCUCUAAAACGACUCGCUCUUGCAGAAAAUGUUGAAGAUACAUCAUCAGUGACAUAUAGUGAAUAUGGGCGAGUGCCCACAGACGGCAGUGAACUUCGCAGACGAAACAUACAGGACGACACGGACGGCCCUUCAUGCACACAAACAUCGGGCACCGCGCCCAAACGCAAACAUCAGCUACGAGACCUCAACUCUUUCACGCAACGUAAAACAGUGACGCAAGGUCUGAUGGACAUGGCCAUGAUGUCAGCUAACUGUUCACAGAUUGCUGUGGUCUUGAAAGGCGCAAUGGCCGCCGGGACGUUUGGUGGUUAUCAGAUCUUCCUGCUGACGCUGCUGUCCCUGUCCUUGGUGCUGCAGCUGGCCGUCGCCAUUUUGUUGUACCUCAAGUCACAGGUAAACGUGGAGGAGGCUGAUGACGACGAUGAUGAUGAUGAGCCUAACAGUAACAUGGCCCACAAGUACAACAACUGGGCCAUGAGCCUCACUCUGGUCAUCAUGGCGGACAACGUGCUCAUCUCCAGUCUUGGGAUAAAGUAGUCAGCACAACUAUUCCAAAAAGAAUCUAUGGCAUGAACAUGCUAUCGAAUGUAGACACACCCACAACGUUACAAUUCUUACACGGCAUUUAACUUCCGUCCAAUACAGGGCUGGAUCACAAACCGUCGGAAAAGUUCAAAACAGUCCACUUAAGCUUCGUAAAGAAACCCCACCUUUCUUUUUCUAUCUGUACAUUUGCUUGCUGCGUACGAGUGUAUUUGUAGUAUUUCUGAAGAGGUCAUGGAAAAUAAAUUAUGUUGAAACGUGAUACAGAAGUGCUGUUCUCUAUGACAGCAAAAU